AUGGAACACUCAAUUACGCGCACCUACGUUGGCACUACCAUCUACAUGGCCCCUGAACGCCUUCGCGGUGGCGUUUACAGGAGCAUACAUAUACCAUCUGAUCGUGUCCUUGCUGUGAAAUGCGUUUCUCUGGAUAGUUAUGAGGAACAACGUGAUAGUGCCAUAAGUGAAUUAGCUCUUAUCAAAAAGCAUGUAUUGUCGCAUUUUUUACAAUAUGUUGGAAGUGAAAUCAUUGUGGAUAAAGGUGAAAUGCAGGGCACACCAUUGCUGGGGAUUUUAGUCGAGCCCGUGCGAACCCCUCCCCCACCCCAUAACACUCUUCAUUCACUCGCUUUGCAGUGUUCCUCUUGUGAGUACGUAACCGACCUUCUUGGAGCUUAUAUGGAUUCGCAGAUUUUGUACAUCUGUUUGGAAUAUAUGGAUGGAGGUGCAGUAGGACAGUACGGUCGGUUUUUUUUUACCUUGUUCUCUCUCUCUCCCUGGCAAUACUCUUUCGUAGUCGGCUGGGUACAGAUGAAACCUUAA